CGUAAAAAUUAACACAGAAAUUUACCAGAUUGCAAGUGAGGUCGGUGGUUUAUAAAAAAGCCUGAGCAAUAUCUAAUAUUUUAUUAAAUAAAUUCUGAUUAUGCAGAUUACAAAUAUUAUAUUAAUAUUCGUGCAAUAUGGGUUUUUGUUAGCUAUAUAUAACCAUGGUGUCCUGAAAGUACCAAAAUAUCAAAUUCCAAGAGAUAUCUACACUAAAGAAUAUACUGGUAUAGUACCAAGAUUUCACCGUUUUAAUAAACAUAACAUAAUAAUAGGAAGGAAUUCACCUGCAUCAUUUGGCAUUCAUAAUAACAUUCAUGGAUUUUACAUUAAUGGAUACGGUGCUAUUUAUGCGCCAUCGGCGGUGCAGCUUCCCAUGCCUGUGGGGCCCGCGGCUCCGAUGCAUUUCGGCUGGAACCAGCAAAGGAACCAUCUCGGCAGUACCGACAGCGUCAAACCGGUCACAGAGGAACAACCUGACGAUUUCAAGUACGACUUUAGGACGAAGACGCAUUCGAUACGAUGAGAUAUCGUAUUUGCAAUACGUAAUGGGCUAGAGAUUAAAAUAAAAUCCACUAGUUUACAGGAA